CAAACACUACUCAAUGCUUAUAAAAGCCGGUGCUUAACUUGAGAACAGAUCAGUGUUCAAUAUUCGCUAAACGGCGAUAUCGAUACAUUUACAUCGCCGUCGCGGGCAGUUUUUUAUUUAAAAAAAAAAAAAAAAAACAAAAGAAAAUUACACGAAAUGAUGUCAAGGACGUUCGCAGCGGUGCUGUUAUUUGCCAUCCUAGCCUGCAUCCAUGCUGAGGAUAAACAGCUACAAACUAGCAAUUCUACAGCUGUAGAAGAUAAAAAGUUGACCAAGCGUGCAACAUGCAGUACAUGCUCAUACGAUGGACGUACGUAUUAUACAUAUGCCGAUGGAACGACAGUGGAGAGAUUAGUUUACCGGGAUCCAAUCUAUCAUACACAUUCACGUGCUGAUUUACGCGUUAAUGGUUGCCACGGUAAUCCCUGUGGCGUUAAUGCCGUAUGCCAGGAGACAGCAGGCGGCCGUCCUGUCUGUUCCUGCCCACCCGGCUACAGUGGUAACCCCUUGACUCACUGCAACCGCGGUGAAUGUUUGGAUAACAUCGAUUGUCGCAGUGAUUUACAGUGUCAAAAUGGGCGAUGUGUUAAUCCUUGUGUUGGUGCCUGUGGUUCAAAUGCCAAUUGUGAGCCCAGAAAUCACGUUGCCGUAUGCAGUUGCCCACCUGGUUUUAAUGGUGAUCCAUUUGUUUCCUGUCGCCAAUCUGAUCCUGAGGAGCAAUGCCAUCCCAGUCCAUGUGGUCAAAAUACAAAAUGUGAAAUUGUCAAUGGUGUACCAACCUGUUCCUGCCUGAACGGCUACAUUGGAAAUCCCCUGAGUGGAUGUCGCCAUGAAUGUGAUCACGAUGGUGAUUGUAGUUCGCGCGAUAUGUGCAGCAACUUUAAAUGUGUUCCUGCAUGUACCCAGUGUGGUGUGGGUGCUACUUGCGGUUCGGUGAGUGGUCAUCGUGCUGUGUGUGAAUGUCCCAAGGGUUAUAUUGGUAGUCCGUAUACUGAAUGUCGUCCUGAAUGUUAUGGUGAUUCCGAUUGUCCAGCCAAUAAACCAGCUUGUUUCUAUGGCAUUUGUAAGAACACUUGUGAUGGUGCAUGUGGUAUUGGUGCCGAUUGUAAUUUAAGAGGAUUGACACCGGUCUGCAGUUGUCCACGUGAUAUGACUGGUGAUCCAUUUGUUCGUUGUCGUCCAUUUACAAAGGCUGAUCUCUGUGAACCCAAUCCUUGUGGCACAAAUGCCAUAUGUGUACCUGGUCAUGAUAAUACUGGACGUGAACGUCCCGUGUGCAAUUGCUUGCCAGGUUAUACCGGAAAUCCUUUGUCACAUUGUUCAAGAGGUGAAUGUUUGAGCAAUAACGAAUGUCCCGACAACAAGGCCUGUAUCAACUACCAAUGUGUCAACCCCUGCAUUGGCAAAUGCGGUUCCGGUGCCGUCUGUGAACCUAAAUCACAUUUAGCAGUUUGUAAAUGUCCCCACGGUUAUUCCGGCGAUGCUUUAGUGUCCUGCCGCCAAACCCGUACUCAACCUGUUGCCAAAUACUACAGCGAUUCAACCGGAGGCUGCAAUACCUGUGGCAAAUAGACUUACCCCUCAACACCGAUAAACUGCCAUACCACAGUCAUUAUCUAUAUUCUCUCACAUGUAAUUUAGCUUGCCUAACAUUUAUGUAGUUUUUUUCAUUUUCUUGUAAUAUUUUUUUGAUUUUAUAGUAAUUUAUUGCUAAUUCUUUGUUACGAUUGUGUAAAUAUAAUAAAAAAAAAACAUUUUU